GAAGCGGGGAGGGGAAGGAAGCCCCCCCCCAGACCGAAACAUCCAGUGAGGGGGGGGAGAUGCUAACCGAAGGCGGAGCUAGCUCGGCAUCUGAGGAAGAACAGACGGACAGUAGCGAUGAUGCCCCCCUCCCCGACGCCCAGCUGGCUAAGAGGCCGGCAUCUGAGUCACCUCCCGACCUUACCCCCAAGGUAGGGAAGAGAGGAAGGCUGGAGGAACUCUUCGGUUCCUUCGGAGAGGAAUCCAGAGCCUUCCUCGCUGGCUCAUCCAAUGAGGUCUCGUUCCUAGACUUUGCUCACCAAUCAACCCCGGAGGACCCAAACAAGGACCGGGAACCAGUGACUCCAGUGCGCGGCCUCCUGUAUGGAGACGCCUCCACUGUUUGGCGCAACGUGAGCCGUCCCGUCCUUCCAAACAGACUCCAGGACCUGUCAUGGAUGGUGGCUCAUGGGAUCCUGCCGGUCAGAGCCGUUAUGCACUCCUGCGGCAUGUCUGCAACGUCCAUCUGCCCCCGACCCGGUUGUGGCGCGCCGGAGUCGGUGAGGCCCCUGCUGUGGGAGUGCAGCGCUGCUGUGGACCUGUGGGCGAAGGCCGGCUCCUUGCAAUUCCCACACUUGCCAGCAAUUGAGGUCCUCCAUGGACAGCUAGUGCUGUACAGGGUGAGCCAGCUGAAAAUGACUAAAAAGGACUCCGCUGAGAGGUGGCUCACCCCAGCCACCAUCAAAGACGCCAUUUGGACCUCCAGAAACUUGCUGGUGAGCAGGCGCAGGCAGAUGCCCCCCGUGGCUGUGAUCCGGAUGGCAGCAGCAGAACACCAAGGGCUGCAGGUGGCGCGCCAAGGACACAGCCACCAAGAAGAAUCGCCUGCGCCUCCGUGGACGAAGGAGCCGGCGCUACACGAGUAGAGGUCCAAGCAGCGGCGGCCUGGCUCUCCGGGUGAGGCAGGAGGGAAGGAGCUUCAGGGCAGGUUUCCCUUCUGAGCACCAGCGCUGUCUGGAAGGUCGGGACGGCUCCGGACUUGGGAGGGAGUCACCCCGGUCCUGCUCAACUUUUAACACACAGAGAUAUGGAGCCUUGGCGAAAAUUCAAACUGGGAGACUCGACCAGCUUCACCACAUCAUCUAAUCACUACGCCCGACCGCAGCCAAUCCGGACCGGAGCUUCACGCCGCUCCAGCCAAUCGUCGUCCAAAGACACCUUCAAAGGUCCAAGCUACCCUGGGGUCUUCCUGCUCGUCAGCCGUGCUUCGAACCUACGUGAACGCUUCUCCUACCUCUCCGACAUUCAGUCAACAAGUUUCAGCUGCCUUCCGUCCGCCCAGAUCCAGGGAGUAUCCCUCACCGGCCGGCUGCGCUCCUGUUGACUCCCCGCUACUCCUCACCAAUCUAACCGCCCUCAUCACGCCUUCCUUCUGCCUCCAUCGGCGACGACGAGCCGGAAUUUUCCGUCCUCCCCUCGUUGACGUCGCAGUCCUCCGCUAUCUGCCCGGUUCCCCGCUCCGGCUCACCAUAGGCUGCUGCGGCUCAUUGGCGCUGUCCCCCGCAGCAAGCGCUGGUUGUCUCCACGAUCCGCCGUGGCUGCACCGACGCACGUCGGCUCUUCCUGCUCGUCCCACCAUGGACUCGAUCCGUUGCCCGAUCGUCUCUCCCAGUUCACCUCCGAGAGAACGUCGCAUCAGACCGCUACGCUCACCUCCACCUAUCUCGGCUCGCAGCUGGCUUGUCAGCCUCAUCAACCCGCAGCUUCAUUUGCGCCCAUUGGGCGUCGUCUAG